AUGAAGAUAAUUUUGAAGACAAUUUUAAUCGGUGCUCUUAUCGCAAUUUGCAGUGCAUACCAAAAUGAAAAAUGUGUGACGAUUCCACCUGUAUAUCCAUUGAAAUUAAAAAUUAUAUUUAAAUUUUUCCCAUUUAUGAAAACAGAGGAAUCGCCUGAAACACCAGAAACAUCGCCUGAAACACCAGACACAUCACCAGAAACACCAACAUGCUCUGAUCAAUGCCCGAUUCGAGAUGAACAAAUAAGUGUUCUCAUGCGAGAAAUAUCUACGGAAAGAGAAAAGAUGAUUAAUGGUCUGGGAGAAUUACUUAAACCUGAUGAAAAGGAAAGCUUUCAAAACUGGCUUACAAAUACGACUGAUGUAGAUGAAUACUUGUUACCUAUUGGUAUAGAUGAAGGUUUAACGCAAUUGAUUAUGCCUGUACCUGUUUGGUUCCCAUUAGUAUCAAGAACAAACAUUAUGAGGGAAAAGGUGGAUGAAAUAAAAAACAUUAUAAAGAAGAUAUGGUUGGAUUUAUAUUGCAAACCUUGCCCAGCGGUUUAUUAUGUAAUAAAACGUAUGAUGAGAAUGGAAAACUCCUGCACAGGAUUUUCAAAAGAACAACCAUAA